AUGGCCUCUGUUUCGCUCAGGGUGCUCGCGGCUUUGGCCCUCGUCCUCUCGCAGCCGGCUCUUGCCGCCGUGUUCCCGAGCAACAUGUUCACCCGUUCUGAGAUCGAGGCCAUGCCUCUAGAGAAGCGCGGCGCCAUGGACACCAAGCAACUAUGGGACUCGGCAGAAGUUCCUUACAUCCUGGAAGAACUCCCCCACGACCUGUCAGAGUUGAUCCGCGAUGGCAUGAGAGAGUGGGAACAGUCCACAUGUAUCCGCUUCCUCCCCAAGGCGAGCCAAGGUGCCUGGGUUAACUUCAAAAAGUUCGACAGAGGAUGCUGGUCCGGUAUAUUGGGCUCUCCUAAAGAGGGAGAGACGAUCGUGAACCUCGAUUACCCGAACAUUUGGCAGAAGGCCAAUUCCUUGGGGACCUAUGAUGGCUGCGCCGAGGGCCGUGUGGCUGUACACGAGCUUGGACAUGUCAUCGGACUCACCCACGAGCAACAACGCCCCGACCGCGAUGCCUACGUUACUAUCCUGGAAAACCGCAUUCAAAAGUCCAAGCUUCCUCAGUUCGCUGUCGCGGCGAAUGCCAGUACCUCUUUGCCGUUCGACUACAACUCCGUCAUGCUCUACGACGCAAAGGCCUUUGCCAAGACCGCCGGUAAGCACACCAUGGAAUCCAAGACGUCCAAGGCCAUCGACCCCUGGGAUUCCCCCACGCCCAACGACUUCAAGGCCGUCAACGACGCCUACGGCUGCGAGGAGUACACCACCCGCGUGAUCCCCCAGUGCCUCCCCGGCCUCAUUCCGUCCGACGGCAACUUCUCCUCCUACAGCUUCAUCCUCGACAACCACACCGAUACCUACAUGACCGCCAACAACUACACCCACCUCGCAGUCCACCAGAACUGCCGCUCCAACAUGGCCGGCCAGGACACGGACAACUGGGGCUUCACCCCGCUCAAGGGCUGGGGCCCACGCGCGCAGUACACCGUCACCACGGGCCGCUGCAGGGAUGGCCACGACCGUCACGCCAGCCGCUACGAGGUUGCGCUGUGCAAGGGCGAGACGGAGGGUGAUUGCGACAUCAAGUGCGGUCUGCGCCGCGUCUGCCCCUUUGCCAGUGGCACACAGGUCGACAGCAAGGCCAUUUCUGUGAUUGACGACAACCUAUGGAUUUGCCACCCUCACUAA